AUGGAUAUGGAUGCCUCAGCCUCUACUGAGUCGCCUGACGACCAAGAUGACUUUCCCAUUCAUUGCAAAGGAUGCGGCGAGAUUCUUGAGGAAGGGAAGGCUUUCGAACUUGCCGGAAACCGAUGGCACAUAGACUGCUUCCGAUGCCAUACCUGUGGCGCCUACCUCGAUUCCGAUGUAAACCUCCUCAUGGUUGGCGAUGGUUCCCUGGUGUGUCGAAAUUGUGCCUAUAGCUGCAGUUCUUGCGGCUCCAAGAUUGACGACGUCGCCAUUGUAACCGGUGAACAAGCCUUUUGUGCUGGUUGCUUCAAAUGCCGCAACUGCAAGAAAAAGAUCGAGAAUCUCCGCUAUGCGCGAACCUCCCAGGGUAUAUUCUGUAUGGAUUGCCACGAAUCGUUAAUGUCGAGAAGAAGGAAACGGACAGCCCGGAAUGCGGCGCAACGGCAAAAGCUCCCAGCUCCCAGCAUGCAUCUAGACAAAUCACUUCCAUCACUGCCCCCCUCUAUGGUGGCGCCUGACAAUAACGCUCCCCCGCCGUCAUCUUCCGAUAUUUACUCCGAUUCCACAUCAGAACAUCUCCCUCAGUCUAGACAAGAGGAUGACCGGGCAGCCAGGUCAUAUUCUUCACAUCAAGAUAAUAACCAGCUUCUCCCUUCGAGUACUUAUAAUAGCAACCGCCAAUCAGUAGCAACCCACCGGUCAGAUGGCUCUGGCGGUGGUGAAGAGUUCCUUAUACCUGUUGCUUUUGACCCUACCCCUUCCGAGCAUACUUCUCCACACUUGGGUUCUCCGCACUCUUCCAUGACCCCGAGCGAUGGGCCAAAGGAUUAUUUUAGCCGGGUUGGCUCCAACGCUCUGGGAAUCUCAGCAGACGGGUCAUCCGUGUUAUCGCCAACCCACAUUGCAUAUCAGGAUAAGCGCCAAAUGAACCCCAAUUCACAACAGUGGAUUCAGGAAACUAUCACUCCGCCUCAAUCUCAAACUACAAAUAAUGCUGUUCAACGGACUGGGUCACACAGUGCUCGAACUAGUAUAAACAUAGAUAGUUCCAGAUUAUCUCAGGAAGGGUCAAGAAGUAAGGAUCAAGCCACUUCUGGUGGUAGCAUCCACCUCACCCCGGGUGAAAGGUCAUCUAAUCGUCAUUCUGUCCCAGGAAAGGAAGCCUUUACCUCCCAAUCAUCCAGCUUUAACCCAAGGAAGAAGCCAUUCAACGAGCAAUCCAACCCUGGCACAAUUUCCUCCUCCUCCAACCAGUUGCAAUACCCGCCCAAGAGAGGAGACUCCCUGGAGAGCAGCAAGUUGCAUCAUAACAUCCAAAGGAAAGACGUAUCACAAUCCGCACAGGACCAUGCGGAGAAGCCGGAAGGCACUGUCAGAUCCUCAACCAGUUCCGACUAUGCAUCGGUAGCUUCGAAAGCCAUUGAAAGUACUCCGCCAACUCACUCCAAUGCUGCUACUUCUGCUUCUGCUGCCGUAUCACCGUCCCAUACCAGGUCUGCAUCUGGAGGGGUAGGUGGUUAUGCUUUACCACCGGACUCCCAGCGUCAAGCGUCAUCUGGUUCCUCUCCAGGUCUUCUACGUUAUAGUGCGGUUGGAGACUUCUCUCUAGACGAAGAUAUGGCACGAAUUCUUGGGGAUGACCCGCAAGCCCAGGAUUCGUUCCUACGUAAAGUGUCAAAUUCUGUUCGACACGGUAGAAGCUUCAGUGACAAAGGCUCACGGCUAUCCCGAGACAGCAAAUGGCCUGCUAAAUCUCCUCUUGAGACAGGGAGCUCUGGGAAUGAUAUUAGUAGCCCAACUUCCAGCGGCGUCGACUCCAAGGACGAACUAACGUGGCUCAAAAAUGAACUAAAACGGGAACGUCAGAAGGUCAUUGAAAAGGAUCAAAAGAUUUUGGAGUUAGAGACCUCGCUUAAUGCUACUGUAAAUAUUAAGCAGGUCAAUACAGAGUUACGGGAGAAGAGAUCUACUAUGAUCUUCUUGGAUGCUCAAAAGGAGAUUAUCCUCCGGGAGCUGGAAGUAUGGAAGGAACACAUUACAGCUGAGAAGAAAAAUAAUAAGCCGCUUGACCUGGGAAAGAUGAGCAAUUCGGUUCUCCGAGACCUUGCAGAAUCUCUGGAAAAUUUGAAAAAUACCUUCGCCCCGCAGAUCGAAGAUUUGAUCCAGAAACGCAAUGAUCUGGUUGAAGAAUUAUCUAAUCUAGGGAAGAUGAAAGACAAGAGCUUCCAGGAAUUCGAACAAUUGUCACUGAAGAAUGCCCAGUUGGCAGAAUUAAACAACCAGCUGGUCCAUCAGAUUCAAGAGCUAUACAAGGCAAACUCUAAUACAUCUAGCGGCAGUAGUCGACAGCCUCCUAAUGGGCUAGGAAUAUAUUCUCACCAAAAGGACAAACCAAGCACGUCCUUGGAGGCACGCUCAACCCCCUAUGAGGCGGUAACUUCCAGUUCCAACGUUACAGUGCCGGAAGAAGCCGAGCCAGCUACGGUCAUUCAAGGCCCUCAUGUUGUGAAUAUCCGCAAAGGACAACCCAAGAAAUUCACCUGGAAAAAGGGCCAGAACGUUGCAAAGGGAGUUACAAAGGGCCUCAAGGGGGCAUUCUUAUAUCAACGAGAUGGCCAGCUUAAUGACAAUUCUUCGUUUGUCUCUACCCCACAACACGAAAAUAACGGUUCAGCUAUGCCGCGUUCUCAAACACAAGACCCCUCCCGGCAAGGGUUCGGAUUUUUUGGAAGCAACCAGAAGACCAAACCCACUCCGUGGAGAGGGCAGUCUAAUGGAAGCUCACCGGGUUUGGAUACGCCAACGAGUCUCUUUGGUGGCGAGCUAGAACAACGUUUGGAGAUUGAGAAGGCUGUCAUACCUAGUGUCGUUACUCGUUGUAUCGAAGAAGUCGAACUUCGAGGAAUGGAUGUUGAAGGAAUCUACCGAAAAUCUGGAGGCAGCUCUCAGGUCCAGGCUAUCCGUGAAGGUUUCGAGCGUUCUCGCGAUUACGAUAUAUCGGAUCCUGACCUUGAUAUCAAUGCCAUCACUUCUACCCUCAAACAGUAUUUCCGAAUGCUCCCAACCCCCUUGGUUACAUACCCAGUGUAUGAUAUCCUUAUCGAAGCAACAGAUGUGACGCCUGUCUCAGCGAGAGUUGAGAUAAUUCAACAGGCCCUUCAGGAACUUCCUCGCGUGCACAGGGACGUUCUAGAAUUCCUCGUCUUCCACUUGAAGCGCGUCGUCGAUCGCGAGAAGGAAAAUCUUAUGACCAGUCUCAAUAUUGCGGUUGUUUUUGCGCCUACUAUCUUACGCCCCGAGAGCUUAAGUCGUGAAAUGACAGAUGUCCAGAAGAAAAACGAAACGAUUCAGUUCAUGGUAGAGAACUGUCAGGACAUAUUCAUGGGUAUUGAGGAGUGA